CCAAACCCGUUCAUUUCACGAUAACUUUAAAUUAUUUACAUCUCUUUUUACUAAUAUCGAGUAAUUAUUUUACACCUUACCUUCCUUAUUUGGAUCUAUCUAUAAUUGGAUGGAUCUAUAAUACAGAUCUCAUAUCACAACAACCCACAGAUUCCAAUCUGUUCAUACUUACUAGGUGAAUCUUCAUAAUCCACAGGGUAGUAUUUACGGUACAAAAAUGCUAAAAAAUAAGUCAGAAACUUCUACAAAUAACCCACAAUUGCAGUCAGCUCCUGCAAAGGUGGGGUAAUUGUGGACACAAACAAAUAAUCUCACAUGAGAGGGAACUGGGAACUUUGGAGAAGUUGGUCAAGGUACGUACCCAUCGAUUCUGGCUGAGCCCAGAUAAGGAAGGGAAACAGUGAGAGAUCCUAAUAUGCACAUAGGAAUCAUAUUCGUCUUAUACAGUAUUCCUCAACAACAUCCUCGUCAUCAUCUUUCAUAAAAAUGAAUUCACCACCAGAUCCCAACAGUGCGACGGUGCCUCGCAGACCAGCAUUAAGGACAGAUUCGGAAGACCUUAAUAGCCCCAAGAGUGGACCAACCAAAGGUUAGCAAUUGAAAUUAUUCCUCAAUUUAAUAUAUUGACAUGCCCGACGCUAACCCCUUAUCUUUCGUUCUCUCAGUCGUUUCAAUUGCCGAGCCAGAACCAGAAGACAUACAAAAAUUUGAACUUCCUCCUUCGGACGAAUCUUCAAAGAUAAAACAUUUCAGUGCUGGUGUUGCGAAAAGAAUGACAGGUCGACCAAAUAUGCCUUCUGCAACUUCCUCCAAACUUUCUAUCCGAAGCCAAACCAGCUUCGAGGAACCAGUUCGAGAUACUCGUACCUCCGAUUUUCCAAAGCCAAACGAUGAUUCAAAGCACCAUCACCACCGCGACAAACUUCUCUCUCAAGUCGCAGAAUGGCUGCAUUCGGAGAAAGCGAAGAGGGCUACACGAAAAUCAAACAAGAGGGACGCUAAGGGGAAUGAGGCUGAGGUUGAGGAUUUGUUAGGUAGAGGAACAAGUUCUAAACCAAGAUCAAUGUCUAACAGUUCAUCUUCAAGCGCUCUUUCCUUGGAAAAAUUGCAAAGAAUUUUGGAGGAUAACAUGUUAGAUUUUGGUCACAGUCACCUUCCGCACCUUACACCCCCGAGACGAGUUUCGAGAAAACGAUCUCUCGUUCGCCCUUCGUUGAAACCUACUCCAUCUUCUGACACCGAAUACCAUGAUGAGGAUAUUGUAGUGCCGUCGUGUGACGUGAUUCUUGAUAAUUCAAAAACACUUGCGUAUAGUGGUGGUGCUGGAUCUUCUAUGGAAACAACUACACUAAGCAAUUCCAAACGAGCUGAGAAAGAGAGGAAAGCAUGGAUUCAAUUUAAGAAUGAAAUUGUGAGAUUGGCGCACACAUUAAGAUUGAAAGGUUGGAGAAGAGUUCCAUUAGACCGAGGGGCUGAAAUCGAAGUGGAAAGAUUGAGUGGUGCCCUCACAAACGCCGUUUAUGUUGUUUCUCCUCCAGCAAAUCUACCACCGUCUGCGAGCAGUACCAAUAUUUCUACCAAGAGCCAAAGAUAUCCUUCAAAGUUAUUGCUUCGAAUUUAUGGUCCUCAGGUUGAGCACCUAAUUGAUAGGGAAGCGGAACUGAGCAUUUUGAGAAGAUUGGCCAGGAAGAAGAUUGGACCUAGAAUGUUGGGAACCUUUAGAAAUGGCCGAUUUGAAGAAUUUUUCAAUGCUCAAACCCUCACGGCUCAAGAUCUCAGAAUUCCUGACACGAGUAAGAAAAUUGCGAAACGUAUGAGGGAACUACAUGAUGGUGUUGCAUUGUUGCAAGAAGAAAGAGACCAGGGACCAUUCGUUUGGAGAAAUUGGGACAAAUGGGUCGAUAGAUGUGAGAAAAUUAUCACCUAUCUUGACAGACAAAUUUUACAAGGGGACUCUAGUAGGAGUAUUAGAGGCGAAAGUUGGAGAGAUAGAGGAUUAGUUUGUGGUGUCGAAUGGCCCAUCUUCAGAGCUGCUGUUGAAAGAUACCGCCAAUGGUUAGAGAAAUCUUAUGGUGGAAGUGAGGAAUUAAGCCGUAGCUUAGUGUUUGCUCAUAACGAUGUACGUGCCCCCCUCUUUAUUUCUCGGUCCCAAACUGAUCACAUUUUCGAUAGACACAAUAUGGCAACAUCUUACGCUUAGUACCCGAACCACCCGUUGAUGGAUCCGCCCCUUCUCCACUCCUACUUCCUAUGAAUCACCACAAACAACUGGUAGUCAUUGAUUUUGAAUAUGCAAGUGCCAAUACCCGUGGCCUGGAAUUCGCCAAUCAUUUUACCGAAUGGUGUUACAAUUAUCAUGCACCUCCUCCAAUGACUUGGACUUGCGAGACUAAAAAUUACCCAACUAUUGAAGAACAAAAGAGAUUCGUCAGAGCAUAUAUAAACCACCGCCCUCAUUUUAAUUCACACGCUUACUCUACUCCAAAGUUGGAAGGGCGAGACGCUCCCCCGGGUAGUAUCAAAGAGUUUAUGUUGGAUAGUCGGACGCUCGCUGGUGAAAGGGACACCCCUACUAGCAGUACAAAUCUCUAUGCGGAAGAAGAAGCAAGAAGAGAACAAGAAACCGAAAAGCAAGUCGAGGAAAUGUUGAAAGAAGUUAGGAUUUGGAGGUUAGCUAAUAGUGCGCAAUGGGUUGCGUGGGGAAUUGUACAAGCUAAGGUACCAGAAUUGGAUGAUGCUCCGCCUUUUGUUGUAACACCGGACGAAAUUGAUAGGCCUCAAAAUGGCAUUUUGGAGGAUGCGAAGAUGGAUGUUAAGAUGGAGAGAGAAAAUGAGAGAGAGAUCAAAGUGGAAGAACAAGUGGAGGAGGAAGAGGAUGAAUUCGAUUAUCUGGGAUAUGCGCAGAGUAGGGCGCUUUUCUUCUGGGGAGAUGUGGUGGCAUUGGGGAUUUUGGGAAAAGAGGAGUUACCUGUGGAGUUGGCUGAUCGGAUCAAAGUCUUGCACUAUUAAAGUCGGUGCCAUGGGGGAGUCAGGGAAGGGCCUGGAAAUUUGAUUGGAGGUCUGAAUGCGUCAAGCUCAUUGUUGAGAGAGAGAACAUCUGGGAUAUGUGAGAAGUUGCAUGAACCAAGCGAGCCAGCUCAACGUACGAUAAUAUCAGACUCCAACUUAUGUUGUCAUGUCACAAUAGAUACGUUGCACGUUUUACGACGACAAUUCAAUUUCUAUUUCUAUAUGAACGGAUUGAAGAUAGAGGGAUACCAUAGCGUGGCAUAGCAUAGCAUUUAGAAAUCAAACUCGUUGAUGUAUUUC